UCUCUCAUUACGUACUUUAAUUAAUAUAAAAAUUUAAAAUAAAAAAAUGUUUUCUUUUAAAAAACCGAAAAUAUUAUCGGUAAUUUUAAUAAUUGGGAUUACAUUGAUCAUAGUUGUAGUGUCAAAUCCAAUUGAUCAACACAAUGAUAUAUCACCAGUAAUGAGUCCGCUUAAAUUAAAACGUAGUGUUUGUUUUUCAUGUAAAUUGUCUGACAAUGAAAGUCAAACAAAACUUACUACUAAUUUAUCUCAAAAAAAUAAAUCACAACAAGUAUUAUCAAAAAAUUCAUUGGUUCCAGAAGAAUCAAUUAGACUUUUAAAAGAAAUAUUACCAACUAAUGAGUAUCCUCCAGGAGAACCAACUGAUGAUCGUUAUAGAGGUUUCAUAAAAUUAGGAGGAAAAUAAAUGAUAAAAAUAUUUUAC